UUGAAAAUCCAUUGGGCUCAACACUAAACAAAUAUUAUUUUACAUUUUUAACUUCCCUGUACAAACUUAGCAUUCUCGUUAGUGCUUGGCGCUGUGGUAACGUGUUGUCGCAGUGGAUUUCGACAAGUAGCAAACACCAAACACAAUCCAUCACUCAUACAGGCCCGGCGAUAUUUUUGCACCGUCAAUUAAUUUCGAUUCGCCAUUCGUUCUCUCCGCUACAGAACCAUGGUCCGUGGUUGCUACCGUAUUAGUUAGAACCAUUAACGCAAUAAGUGUAAAAGUGUCCGGUUCGUUGGCUCCGACUCGCGUGCUGCCAACACAAGAGAACGAUGGCUAUGAAGCUGCUCCCGAAUAGUACGCUAGCCCUGCGGAAGUUCAAUAAGUAUUUGCGUAAAAAUGUGAAAGAUCAAUCGGCCAGCAUAUUACGUCUGUGGACAACGCAGUGUGAAUUCCUGUUUGCCCAGCAGUUGCGAAGAAGCCAACAGAUAUUUGCCCACUACGCCAAGAUCUGGGAGGAACGCGCGCUACGUGAAUUGCUGCGGCGUUUCCGUGGACAGGUACAUCGGCAUGCCAAAGGGUUCAUACUGUCGUCCGCGGCACUGCUCACCUUCGACUGGGAACGUGAACGGAUCGAGCUGGAAUCGGUCCAGGAACACAUGGAUGACUUUCAAUUUCUGGAGCGUCUGCAGCUGGAAACAAUCUACUGCAAGCGGUGCGAGAAACGGAAGCAAAUUGAUUCUCGCGUCGAAGGCAUCAACUACUGCUGCUGCCCUAAGAAUGUGACCGAAAUGUUGUCGGCCGAACCGAGCGUGUACACCGCCUGGGAACCGUACAUUGAACAGAAGCGCAUGAUAACGUGGCGUCAGGAAAUUAAGCCAGGACUGUUUGCCUACAAAGUUUACGUGGAAUAUCCCGACGUGACGGCGGAAGAUUUUCUCCACGUGCAAAUCGAUGUCGAGUAUCGGAAAAAGUGGGACAAUACUGCCGUCAAUUUGGAGGUGAUAGACGAAGACUCAGCCAAAGGAUCCAACAGUCACAUCAUCUACUGGGAAGCUUUAUGGCCAAAACUUUUUGCCAACCGUGAUUACGUGUACAACAGGCGCUUCUUUAUCGAUCGCAGCCGGCGUGUGAUAAUGAUCGUUAACAAAAGCGUGGAACAUCCAAAGUGUCCGACGAAACCGCACACGCAGCGUGUCCACGAGUACUGGAGCUACAUGGUGAUUAAACCGACGACUGCCUUCAACAAGCCAGGCGUAUCCUUCGUGCUGACGUACUUCGAUAAUCCGGGAUUAUCGAUACCGAAGUACAUUACCACGUGGGUGGCCAAAAAGCAAAUGCCCGACUUUCUACACCAACUGCACCAAGCGACGGUGAACUAUGCGAAGGCGAAGCGCCAAAAUGAGACACGCAUUAUCGAGUUUUGGGAUAAGCAUAAGGAUCCAGGCUUUGAGUAUCCGCCGGAUACGCUGCUGGGUUACAGUACGGAAGAUUUUCACGAGGCACAAAAGCAAGAGGAAGAAUCUAGUCUACAGCAAGUGAACGGUGCUUAUGUCGAAGCCAAACCAGCGUCUCGUGCUCUUGCUUCAGCGACUGCAAAGACGAAUAUUGAGCCACAGAACGAAAAGGGCAACAGUUCGAGUAAUGGUGCGAAAGACUCCAGCGACAGUCAACCAGAGGAAAGUGCACCGGUAAAGAAAUUAUCCUGGUGGAGUUACCUAUAUUCGUAUAUUUACUUCAUUUGAACAGUACCAAACCGCACCCAAUCCGGUUUAGAGCAGCGUGGUUCGAUUAUGCCGGAGACACAUACAAAACCAAAUCAAUCUAUUAAAAAUAUUCCUAGCAGCGUGCGCGCGUAUACAGGAAAGCCCAAAGUCCACAUUCAAGCAAAUGAAUGAAAACGUGUUCGACAAUGUUUUCGUAAGGUGCUCGACAAAACAUAGCAAAAUAAUAAGCAAACAGUUUAUCACCCAUUAGCUAAGGCGACUAAGUAGUAGUGAUGCUCGUAAAAUACCUCAAGUUUGCCCGUUUAUACGUUUGCUCAGCCGAUUAAGUUAAGUAGGAAAAAAAACGGUAGAAACAGCAACAAAUCCAAUGCAAUACUACCUUUAACCGAUCGGUCGUUUUGCAACAGUUGUGCAAACGUUGUGUUUUACUCUUUUAAAUUGUGUUUUGGUUUGGUUCUCUAACCCAGUCAGUAUAAUGUUGAUAAGUGCAAUUGUUAUGUUUUAUUAGGGUUUGAACAACAGUUCGUAAUUGUAAAAAAGAAGUCCGAUUGUGUUAGGAUUAGGCGGUAAGGUAACGUUCGCAUCUUCAUCUUUCUACACUAUAUCGUUAGAAUACUUAGGGAAUGCUUCGGUACCGUUCUAGUGGCGUGUUCUUAUCUGUUAAACUUUAUAAUAGUUCAACCAAUCAACU